GAAAACAAGCCAAAUCAAAACCUAGUCAAGGACAUCGAAUCCACUCCAGUAUCCACGUACGCGAAUGAGUUUUCUCGCGGGAAGGCUAGCAGGAAAAGAAGCUGCCUACUUUUUCCAGGAAUCCAAACAUGCCGUCAAUCGCCUCGCCGAGAAAUCCAUCCCUGCUCCCAAGAACCUCCCGUCCUCUCCUCUUUCAAGCGAGCAGGAAUCACAAGCUGACGUUCUACCGGAGGUUUUGAGGCAUUCUCUUCCCUCCUACAUAUUCGGGAAACCGACGGAGUCUUCUACCAUUUCCACAGCCUCCAAGUGGGCACUUCACUCCAACUCCGAUAAGGCCGCCACUGUGUCCCCUGAUGCAUUGAAUCCCCUCAGAGCUUAUCUCUGUCUGCCUCAUGUCACUUUUGGUCCCAAAAGGUGGGAAUUGCCCUCACAAGAGAGCUCAGUGUUGGCGUCAACGGCCAACGAAAUGAGAAAAGACAGAUAUACCCCUAUCAAUCCAGAGAAAUUGAAGGCUGCGGCUGAAGGGCUUACUCAGAUUGGAAAGGCAUUUGCAGUUGCUACUGCAAUUGUGUUUGGUGGAGCCACAGUGGUGUUCAGUUUGGCAGUCUCCAAGCUGCAGCUGCAAAAUAGUGAUGAUAUCAGAACUAAAGGGAAAGAUCUGGUUCAGCCAAAACUUGAGAUUAUUAAAGAGCAAUUGGUGCCUUUAAAAACAUGGGCAGAAAAUACAUCAAAGAAAUGGCAUAUCAAUAGGGAGGAAGAUAUCAAAGAGAAGCCUAUUGUCAAGGAGCUUUCUAAAUUUUUAGGUGCCAAAACGUCCAAUUGAUCUCCAUCUGUGCUGUGUUGAUAAAUGUGAUAGUUUGCAGAAAUGUGCCUUGGAUAUGUUUUCAUUGAUGAGCUGCAAAUGCAGGAGCUGUCAUUCAUAUCAGAUACAAAAAUGGCUGCAGAUCUUGCAGGAAAGAAUGCACAACAAUAUUUUCCAACACAUUACUGUCAAAAGAGACAAAAUGCAAUUGAAAUAGGUUCAGCAAAACUGGAGAGAAAAGAAAUGCAACUCAGCAUGAAAAUAUCAAGAAGCAGGAAUAACAAUCUGAACACAAACAGAUUCAUCGACCAUUAUUAGUGAUCAAAUUACACAUAAUUUAAUUGAUUAUUUUGAAAUUUGUCAGGGAUUUAAAAAGG